AUGACAGAAAUAAACAAAUAUGAGACCAUCAUAACAAUACUAAAAAAUUUGAACAAUCCAAAAUUUGCUUCGUAAUAUGAGUAACAACUGAAUCGUCUUCCCUUCUUUAGCUUUUAUAGAUAAGUCUUAAAAACAGACACAUUCACUUAAAGUGCUUUUAAGUACAUCUAACUUGUAUAUUUGAAAAAAGGUUAAGUCUAUAAACAUUAAAGUAUAUUUAGAAUAUAUAAAUAGCUGAUUCCAUUGAAAGUGUAUUAAUACUACUUGAAGGAACAUUGUCAUUAAUUAAAAAUGAUCAAAAGAAACAAAAACUUGUUAUGAAAAUAUAACCUCCAGAACAUCUUUUUCAAGCAGAAAUAUAUAAGAAGACUGCCUAUUCAAAAUAUAAAAUAAUGGCUUUAACAGAUUCAACAGCUAUCUCAUUAACUUUCAUUUCAAUCCAUGAAGUAUAUAUUUAUUCUUAUAUAUUUUAGAUAUCAGUUUAUGGAUUUUAGUUUGCUAAAUAUAGAGAAGAAGUGGAAUAUUUUAGAAUAUAAUUUCCAGAUAUUAAACCAAUUGAAUUUAUUCCAUUUAUUAAGAAAUUGAAGAAAGAAAAUUUUUUGAAUAAUGUUAAAAUUUAUUCAGCAAAUCAAUAAGCCAAUAAAGUCUAUUUUAUUAUUUCUGGAGAAGUGGAAGUAAAUAUAUAUAUUAAUAUUAUAGAUAUAUGCUGAAAAUGAAGAUGGUAAACUCUAAAGAGUUACAAUAGCAUGUGAUAAUGACAGUUUUGGAGAAGAAGCAUUAUCAAAUUGUGUUCCUAGAUUAUAUAAAUAUACAACAAAGACAUAAUAUUUUAAGAAAACAACUGCAUUUGUAUUUGAAGUAAAUAUUAAAUUGUAUUAGAUUGAUGAUUAUUGCCACACUUAUGCUCCAAAUCUUAUUAAAUAAUUAGAAGAUAAAAUGAAACUCAAAGAAAAUCUCAUUCUAUAAAAAAUCAAAUAAACUUAAACAUAAACUAAUACUUUACCUACUAUAAUUAAUGGUUCUCUUAAAAAACCUUUUGAACAGUAAAAUUAAAUAAUUUCUAUAUAUUUAGAUUUUUACACAUUACAUCACCUAGAUCAAAGGCUUCAUCCAUAAAAAUCAAUAGAGCUAUUAGUCUUAAUGAUGGAGGAUUAUUCAAUUUUAUGGAACUCAAUAAUCCAGGUAAAAAUCAUAUGAGAUUAUUUGAAUAACAUGUUAAUAGAUAAUUAAUUAAAGAAAGACAUGAAGAACAUGAUAAUUAAUCAAGAGAUAGAACUAAAUCUAUAGAACUCUAGAAAAUAUGGAAUCUUAAUCCAGAUUCUAAAAAACUACCUCAAAUUAAAUAACAUUGA